GGCUAUAACAAUAAAUAACCACUAAAAAGUAAAAUCAGUGCUUUAAGAAAUUACUCAGCGCUGUUUGCUUAAAGAGUCAACAAAGUUGGGGCUCCGGCGAUCGCGGCAUAACCCGACUCGACAGUCAAACGCUCGCGCCAUCACAGACGGUCGCAUCAACCAGUGUUUUUUUAUCGUCUAUUAUCUUACGUAUCACGCAUUUAUCGGCAUCGACAUAGUUAUUUAGUGCACAUGAAAAUGUUGUGUAGUGGAUGUUAAAAACAAGGUGUUGUGUUUCCUGUGACCGUCGCCGGGCGGAGUUGAGGCCGUAGUGGCUUAUGGUUCAGGCAGAGGGGAGCGGCCGGCGCCGCUAGGAAAAUGUCGAUACCCCUCGGCCGGGAGACUGUACUCCCCACGCAGGUAUGUUCGAGUUAUAGAAACCAGACAUUGAGUGUAUGGCGCGAGCGUUGUACGACAAUAUAGCAGAGUCGCCUGACGAACUGGCAUUCAGACGAGGAGACCUGCUCACCGUGCUGGAGCAGAACACGGGUGGCAGCGACGGCUGGUGGCUCUGCUCGCUGAGGGGCAGACAGGGCAUAUGUCCGGGAAACCGCCUACGUAUAGUAGCCGGAGUGUUCGAUGGAAGCAGCACACAAAGGCGACGGACCCGGACACCUGCGCCUGUCGCCCACCAACCCUUGCCCACGCAGUCACCAGCCUUUACAAAAAUCGAAGAAUGUUCACACUACGACGUACCUCGCGCGCCCAUGCCAGUCCAGCGUCUCGGCACAUACGACUGUCCAAGACCAACCGCUGACUGGUACGAUGCACCAAGAGCGCCACGGCCCGCCAGCGCUGACUCCGCUUGCAGCGGCACCGGAUCACUUACCUCAGCAACGUCUAGUGCUUCAGCAAAUUCGGGAAGUUCAGCCCAUUCAGCAGCAUCCGCUUCAAGCACAUAUGAUGUGCCGCGGUCGCGAGCGUUACCUCUACCGUGUGAUGCAGCGCUCGAAGCACUUGAAAGAUUACAAGAAGAAGCAUCAGCAGCAGUAUCUCGACUUCUUUCAUACGUGUCUCCUGGAUGGCGACGGCGAGGCGCAUUGCGACCCCGCGUUCUAGACGUACGCGUCGCAGGCGCAAGGUUACGCGCCGCGUUACACGACCUAGCUGUGUUUGCUGACGCUACAUUGGCCAAUGCGCACGAUGCACAAGACAAAGGUAUCGCAGUGAAAUUACGGCCCCUAGUCAAAGCGCUGAAAGACGCUGAGCGUAUUACGCAUGAGGCCACCAGCGCCCUGGAUGCCGGUGACUGGGCCCCAGAAAGGCUAGAAAGGGACCGAGAGCCUACAGAUGGGACCCAGGAUGCUUUGGAUCAGCUCGUGGCGUGCGCCAGGUCUUUAACUGAGGAUGUAAGGCGUGCAGCGUCUUUUAUACAUGGAAAUGCUUCGCUAUUGUUCAGACGGUCAGCAACAGUCCCAGAACACGAAUGGACGGAGGAGUACGACUACGUGCGUCUGGAGUCGCGAUCGGCGGCGGGAAGACGGAACGCAGAAAUACGGGCGGCACUCCCUGACAAAUUACGCGCUUCGUUUGACGCAUUAGUGCGGGAUGCAGACCAUGCUGGCGAGGUAAGCGCGGUCGCAGCUGCCACUCAUCUGCCUCCAGACGAUCGUCAGUUGGCUGCUUUUUACGCGGCUCAGACCGCGACUUACGGCGCGCAUUUGUCUACGGCCGUCGAAGCAUUCCUCAGAACCAUAGAGAUGGGACAACCUCCAGACGUGUUUUUGGCACAUGGCAAGUUUGUGGUGCUUAGCGCGCAUAGGAUAGUGCAUGUAGGCGAUACUGUGCAUCGGAGCGCCCAACACGCAGGCCUAAAAGCGAAGAUGCUGCGAUGUUCAGACGCGCUUUCCGAUGCGCUGGCUGCAACAGUCGCAAAAACCAAAUCCGCAGCACAACAGUUCCCUUGCGCAAACGCCGUAGCAGAGAUGGCGGAAGCUGCAAGGCAUCUUGCUUCCCGCGCUCAAGACCUUCGCAGGACUUUGGUGAGAGCCGCUGAGCCCCCUCAAGACACUCCCGCUACUACAGUCCCCCCUUCUGCCACGACGACCCCCCUUACGCCCCUGACCCCAAUCACACCCAUUGCCCCACAUUUGGGAACGCCCUCCCUCCCAGUUCUAUAAAGCUCUAUAGCUUAGCUUAGGAUUUGAUUUAUGGAAUUCAAGCGACAAUAUGACAUAGAAUUUAGACCGGUAUGGUUAUUACGAAAUUGCAUUAGGCGUUAUUAUCGCAUGAGCGCUUUUGUCAUAAACGAAGUACAACUUAGUACAAAUGUGAUCAAUCCAUAUAUGUCGGAGCAAUGGCAGUUGACACUAUCACCAUUGCUUCAACAUAAAUAUUAAAGACUAUUGAAUUACUACAGACUAUCAAAUAGUCUGUUAAUUUUUAGAUCUAAUAAUAUUGGCAAAUCAAUAUCAAAUAAACCAUAUAACUGAUUUGAACUAAUUUAACUUUGAACGUAUUAAACAAUAAAAAUGGCAGCUGAAACCAGCGCCAUUGCUCCGACAUAUUAUUUGGAUAAUGUUCAUAAAUAAGCAAUAGAAAGCCUUCUCAAGCCUUUAUCUAUAGCAAAACCUUUUCAUAUUACAAAUAAAAUGGUUCGACAAGUGCUAUGUCGACUAUAGUUAAAUUAAUGAAUAGAAUAAAGUUUUACAACUGGCUUUAGCUGUUUUUCUCGAUUGAUCGAUUGUAAUCUGUGUAUCAUACUAUCUGGUUAGCUUGAUUUCGUAAUAACACUACCGAAGCGGACUUGACUGUACUUAAAUUGUUUUGUACGUAAUUCGUGCGGGGCACUGAGGAGCUGGCAUCCUCUUCAAAUAAACCAAAGAAUUUCAUGCGAAUGCGGUGUAUUGCCAUUAAUUUUCGAUAAAACGGUCAUAGCUGGAUGCUCAUUUGCUUGAGUUGAGUUAUCCGUCCAGUAUAAAGCGUACAAAUUGUACUCGUAGUUGCACUUUAUCAACGAUUAAUGUUUAGUGAAAGUUUCUAUCGAGGGAAAAUGGCUUGAUAUACUAUCCGAAUACAUAGGGUUCACAUAUAUAAAACAGUUUAUAUUAGAUUGACUUGUGUAUUCGGACUUAAUAUAAAUGUGAUUUGAUUUAUGUUCCUUUAUUCACGGCCAAGUCUAGAAAAUUCAAUAGAAAUGUGCUCAAUAUGUUCAAUGUUAGUUUUAAUAUCGCGUCACUGCCGUUUUAUAAGAAAUUAAGAUUAGACCCAAAUUUCAAUUUUAUACCACCGUAUAGGUACAAUAAUUAGGAUUUGUAGACGAUUUAGACCAUUUUACAGCGUUCUCACUAAAAUAGAAGUAGCGUACUUCAAAGGGACUCAGAGUUACCUACUCAG